AUGCACGGUUUCGCUCGUCAGGUUUGCACGCCCUGUGUCCGUCGAAGCCUCAUAGAAAACACCCCAAGACCAAGAGCAUUUCGAAAUCUGCAUGCUACGAGCGCAUACCAGUUACCUCGAAAACGAACUUUCUUCUCGUCAAACGCUGCAUUGCAACAAGAAAUCACAACUGGAAAAGGUGUAGCCAUCAAGGAUGCUCUGCCACCACAGAAGAAAAAGACCAUUCGGUCAACGGCUGGUAAAACAUCUUUGAGAAGGGUAGCUGCAGAGGCACAAAGAUCGAGAGAAACAGCUUCGCAGAGGAAGGAGUCGGCUGCGAGUACAGAUGGAAUCAAUAGUGUGACUGCUAUGUCAGUGUCGGAUCAAUUUGAUAUGGACGAGGUAGCUCGAAUAUUGCGGUCCCAUGGAUUUCCUAUCGAUCCCGACGGAACCGGCUUCGAUUCAGAAGAGGUAAUCCAUACACGAGGAGUGAAUGAUGGCGACAUAUUCGUGUUUCCAUCUGGCACAUUGGUAGCAUGGCGUUUGCCGGAAGACGUCGUUUCUGAUUUGGCCACCAAAACAUUACUACCCGCUGCGAAAAAUACACAUAUGGACCAGAUUGAGACUGAGAGCCUUGAAUACACGGAAGAUCUAAGUAAAGAACAUAGUAGCAUAAAGGGAGAUGUCAUUACACUUGGGACAAAGUCCGUUUUGCAGAGUGGAGAAACAUCAAGAGUUGAUAUAACUUUUGCAAAGAUUGCUUUCUCGUCGGGUCUAGCUCGCUCGACUAAACUUGCGGUGUUGGAGACAAUGCUUGAAAAGUACUUUGAAUCGACAAGAUCAAUCCCAACAUUGUUGUCAAAAGGGUCAAAACUGCCCUUUAACCGUUCGUUCAUGCUUCAGAAAACUGGAGAAUUAUUAGAGUUGCGCGCCCAACUCAAUCACUACUCUGAGUUGACCGACUCUCUCCCAGACCUCUUCUGGGAUAGUAGGCACGAGCUAGGUCUUGAGGCUUACUACGACCAAGUCGGCAAAGCUCUCGAUGUUGGAGUGCGUAUCAAAACGCUAAACGAGAAGAUGGACUACGCCCAGGAAAUUGCGAGUAUUCUUCGACAGACCUUGAGUGAAAAACACAGUAUCGACCUGGAGUGGAUCAUUAUCAUUUUGAUUGCAGUCGAGGUGGCAUUUGGCAUUCGACACAUCUGGAAAGAGAGCCAGGAAAGCUUAGCAAAGGAGAGUCAAACAUCAUGA